UGUAACACAGUGUGCAGCUCUCACUCUGACUGUUUGGCCAGCACAAGUUUUUAUACAUGUGCCAUAUAAGAUGUAGUCCAUUGAUAGCCUCACAAGGACGAAAGCAGUCACAGUGAUGAUUAUUUCCGCUUACCUCAUUACGUAAGGACCAAGCCACAGUAUGGCAUCCUGGAGAAAUUCUAGCAGUAUUAAUGUUAUGGACUCAGCAGCUGAAUAUGCUGCCAUUGAAUCUGAAAUCUACCGUAGCCUGCUAACCAUUAUAAGAGAAAUGGACACUGAGCAACCAGUUGUCAACAAAGGGAUGCUGAGAUGGACAUUACAUAAGAAAGUGCAGGGCAGUUCUCUCAAGAGUCUGGCUUUGGUGAGAGUGGCCAUCAAGGAACUAGAAAGAGCUGAAAGAACUGACUGCAAGAAACAUCUCAUUCCUCUGCUUAAUACACUCAUAUAUGCUGUGAUGCAGACUGUAUACAUACCUGAUGACCUCUAUAAAAGAGUUUAUGACUUCUGCAAGAGGUUGUUGACUCUGCCUCAGCCAUACUGCACUGUGGGCCUUAGUUAUGCUGGCCAAAUGAAAGCAGAACGAUUUGCUCCAGGCCUUUUGUAUCAGAAAAGGAUAAUUGCAGAACAAAAUCUGAAAAAUGAACACUAUCCUCAGCAGGAGAGGGUGUUUGUGUUUGCGGAUUCUGCAGUAUUUUCUGAGUCUCUCAGCACUGUUCUGAAGGCUGACAUUGAGGCUCAUGGAAUGUUCCGGAACCCGUUGAGCUUGAUGUGCUGCUUAGUGCAGCACAGUGUUCAGGCGGUACUGGGAGAGGAUUGUCACGGGCCCUCUCUCAAUGAUGCAUUGCAGGACUUGGACCAGAACGUGGAGUCAUACUUUAAUGAAGUGCUUGCAGCAGUGGACCAGAGCACAGACGUCAACAGAGGUGAUCGGGGGCAGAUCAGACAGAAACUACAAGAGAUAUACUUACAGAUCCUCCGUGACACAAAGAAAGGUCUAUUGUCCAGUGGCUCCCUGUGCGAUGUUCCGCUUCCCAAUCCGGAGAUGAGCUUCCAUCUGUGGUGGGAGGAGGAGGAGCUCUGGAGAGAACUGGCCAAAUUCAUCCGUUCCGGAUCAUUUAGUGAAAGCCUCAUGAGUUCAGAGGAGUUCUAUAUGUCUGACCUCCCCACAGACCUCAACUCAGACAUGCCACGGCACUCUGUCAUGUCAACAGACAGUGGUAUAGAGCGUGACAUGCAGGGAAAUGAGGCUUCUGACAUGGAAUUUACUGGAGGAAGUACCUUAAAGCCUGAAAUUAGCAGUGGGCGGCUUUCACGGCGUGGAGGAAUUAAGGUGAAGCCGUCGGUCACCGACAGCAUGGCUCUGAUGCAGGAUGCACUGGAGGAGACGGGCACAGCUGGCAGCAGUGGCACACUGCAGAGGAGAGCAGGAAAUAGUAGCAACAGCUUGCCCAAGGAAGAACGGGACUACACUGCUAAAAUAGUGGUGAUGGGAGAUGACCGGGCAGUGGGAAGGCUGGCCAGGGCAUGCUACUGGUUAAGGAAACGGGAAGCCAGGAGACGGUUUCUUACUAUGAAAGUCAACCUACAGAUGUACUACAUCCCUGUUGCUCGCCAGUCGUCUACAGCCUCUCCUGUAAAGGAGAAUGUGCCCUCUACAAGCAAUAGCAUCUGUGCUCUGGGCUCUUAUCUUGGAAUGGUGGAUCCAUGGUAUGGAUGCAAUGUCUGUAGUCUUGGCCAGAUGAUUCCUGAUCUUGCAAGAACGUCCAGCACUGGCAAACCACAAGAAUCUGACCUUUUCUUAGCUGACAUCAUCUCGUACUAUGUGCGCAUGGGACAGCAGCCGGUGUACUUCAACAUUUACUACGUUAAGAUUUACUUUUCCGACAAGUCCAAAGAAGCUGUGGAAGAAGUUUUUGUCACAGACCUGGAAGUGGAUUUUCCACAGUUCAGAAUGGCCCAAGCUACACAAAAAGACACUGUCAAACAGAGGAAGAUGCCUGCCGAGCUGUGUGGGGCACUGAUCUCGUUUAGCUACUUAAAAGUGUCGCUAAGCAACAGGGAGGUUGAGAGAGGGUUCUCACUCAGAACCACAGGUGCUCAGAUUUCAGCAAUACCACAAAACAAAACUGAAGAUCUCAACUGUCUCAUGGUCGCUUUCAAUAACAUAAAGGCAACGAGUAUCAUGGAGACAAAGAUCAGAACAUGCAAUUUUAAAUUGAAGACACCAGACAGAUCAACGUUCACAGUGCAUUUGGACAAAGACUUUCGAAGAAAAUUUAUGAACGUUGAGAGCAUUGAGGUUGCUCCAUGUCGAGACCCUGGAUAUUAUGUUCAAAAAUCCUUAAAGUCAAAGUUCAUGGCAGAAGGCAACAGUGAUGCUGGACUGAGUAAAUACAUGAGCAAAGGACUGACUCUGCCCAUUAACACGUUUGCUGGAAUAAUCGACUAAACGAACAAGGAUCGAGAUGGAGGAUGCUUGCUGUCAACAUAAAGGCCAGUUCUGGACUCUUGCAGUAUGUUAUGUGUAUUGUGUUUUAAACAAUGCAUUGUGCAGUAGUGUCACCAUGUGAUCAAAUGAUCAGCUAAGACACUUCACCAAGCAGGCUUUACUGCAAUAAAUACUCUUAUCUGUGAAUCACAAGAUGAUCGGUCCAGGAAGUAUUUUAAUGUGUAACACAGCUAACUCACUAACACUAAUGCAGUCAUGGUAUUGAGCUUCUCAAAGACUUAGGAUUUACUUGAACUUGUUUUCUGCUUCAACAAUCAACCUGUUCCUUAAUAUGUACACUUUAAGUACAUGUGAAGGAGAGAAUUCGUUCAUCUGGAUUUUCCACCAGAAAAACCAAGUACAUUAUAAUGCAGGAAUAAUGUACAGUGAUUAGUAUGUCUGUAUAACAUAAAAUACAUGCCAUAUGACCAAGUGUUUCAGAGAAACUGACAUUACCUUUGCACUUAUUUGAUACAUUCUUUGUUUUAUGUUUUUAUUUUUAUCCCACUAUACAUGUUUACAUUUGGGACCUUCCAUAAGAAGUUUUUAUAGCAUCAAAAACAUUUUAAAAUUAAAAAGCAUAAAGAAUGUGAUUUUUUUAUUACUUUCUAUGUGAUUGAUAUGUGUACAACAGCACAAUUGUUACACAAAUGGUUCAAGCUUUGAAAUGUUGUAUUGUGCAUCAAGCUGGUCAUGGGUCAAAGUCUUUCUUUAAAACAAUGAUUAGUGGUGCCAAUAUUUUGAUCUGACUUCUUUGCAUCAAUCUCUGUACAUUCGGAAUUAUAUUUUGGGGUUCUUUUCCAGCAGUUCUGAUCUGACCCCAAUAAUCCCAGUCUACCAGUUAUUCCAGCCAUUUAUUUUAAAGAACAAACAUAUAAUCACAAUAAUAUUAUUAGGCAACCUAAUUCAGUUCUAUUUCUUUUCGUUUUAUGGCAUUCAUUUAUGCCAAAAGUUUGCACAAUUGUUGAUUUGACCUCUGGUUUUGUAAAUACAUAUGCUAUGUAAAUGUAACCUUUUCAAAUUAUUCCAAAAAAAAAAAACGCAAAAAAAACUUGGGUCCAGAUUUAUUCACACAAUUGCAAUGUUUAAAACGUUUU